AUGCUGCCGCUGCUGCUGCCGCUGCGACUGUUGUUGCUGCUGCCGCCGCUGCUAUACCUGGUGCGCGACUUUUGGGACGGCACCGCCGACAUGAGCUUUGUCAGCGAGGCCAUGGGGGACUUCAACCUCGGCACCGUGCAGGCCACCAACGACCACUUUGAGCACCUCACAUGCUUCGUCGGCGGCAUGCUCAUACUGGGUGAGUCCUGA